GAUGAUCGAGACGAUGUCUCUAUCGUUCGCAGCGCUCACCUAGGUGUGCAUCCACUACUCACCAAGGAUGACGUUUCUGCGAUGGUUCAUGCCAUCAUCAGGCUGCCGAAGGGCGUGCGUCCAAUCGAUAUCCUUAUCAGCAACUCUGUCUCCGUAGUUUGGCGGCAGGAUUGCCAGAAAAAGAUGUUCGAGGACAGGCGAGAUAUUCUCGAUGAGGACUUCCCGGCGAUACUUCGCCGCAUCGCCCGUUUUUACGGCAUGCGGCAAC